AUGCCCUAUUACGCCACCGCCGACGAGUGGCUGCGGCAAUCGCAACUGCUGCUCCAGGCACGGCCGAGCACCACCAGAAUCACCACAGCCUACUCGAUAAAGCCGGCACCCCCCCACCGCAAGAAGGCCGCCGCAAAGGAAGAAGGAGCCCCCGCCGCCACACCAUCCGAGCCCAAGCCGCCCCGCGGCCGCCUCGUCCUCAAGACCUUUGACCCCAAGACGGGCACCACCCUCAAGUACAAGACCACCAAGGCCGCCGAGGUGUCGCGCCUCAUCACGAGUCUGGGAAAGCUGGGGAGGCCCAUGGCCGGGCUGCCCGAGCUGAAGGAGGACCCCGUCGUCUCCGAGGCCCCCGAGAGCGGCACCGGGACGCCUGCUGCCGAGAAGGUUGAGCCGGUGGCAGCGAAGGCGGGUGCGGGUGCGGGCGCACCGCCCCAGGCACAGCAGGGUGGCGGCGGCGCCGGUGGAAAGGGCAAGAAGAAGAAGGGCAAGCGAUGA